AUGAGACCAUCGCUCGUUCUUCGUUCAGGCGGAGGCAAUUACCCAUAUCCAAAGUGGGUUUGGUCGUGGUAUGGUGGAUGGUGGCCAACACCACAAAACUAUGUAUCAAACACUAUCGUCACUGGUCUUGGAAUCGCUACUAUUGUGGGAUUCGGAUGGAAGUUCAGUGCUGACAGAGAACUGAGGCAUCGAUACCCAGACAGAUGGAUACCUAGCAUGAUUUGGGCAAAGGAAUUCCAUGAUCCAGCAUCAGUCGCAAUGUGGAAGGAGCAAUUGGCCAAAGAAGGAAGAGAGUGGAUCGAACCAACACCAUCUUGGUGGCCAUUUAAGGCAAAGGAAGCUUCACCGACACCAUCUCACUGA